AUGGCGGCCGUGGCUGCGACUGCGGCGGUGCCGGGUGAUGGGGGAACUGGCGAGGUCGAGCCCAUGCCAGGCAGCGAAGCCGGCGCAGACGCGCUCCCCGCCGGCACGCAAGCUGCCGUGGAGUCGGCGGUGCUCGACGCUGCCAGGGAGGAUCCCGAGCCAGCGCCGGGCGGUGAGGCUCAGCAGCCGCCGCCGCCGCCGCCCAAGAGCCCAGCGGGGACCCGAGACCUGCCGCAGGCCCAGCCCAACCCGGGCCCCGUGGGAGAGCCUCUUCAGCCUCGCUCGCUGACAGCCACGCUCUCCGGCCCUUCUGAAGAGGGAAAGUCAGGCGACCAGCCCCCGCAGCCGGGCUCGCCGCUGGUACCUCCGCUGGUGCUUGCAGCUGGGGGCCCCGCGGGGCCGGAGCCCGGGGAGGAGCCGCCCCGGCCGGAGGAGGAGGAGCCGGAUGCUGCUGCUGUCGCCGCCGCAAGUACCACGGCAAGCCUUGCAAAGCAACCGGAGCUUUCGGUGGCUGCCGGUGCAGCGGGGGAGGAAGAAGAGGAGGCGCUGCUACUGCCGGGCUCAGAGGUGCUGGUCACCCUGGACCACAUCAUCGAGGAUGCGCUCGUGGUAUCGUUCCGGUUCGGGGAGAAGCUCUUCUCCGGGGUCCUCAUGGAUCUCUCCAAAAGGUUUGGACCUCAUGGAAUUCCUGUGACUAUAUUUCCCAAACGGGAAUACAAGGAUAAACCUGAAGCCAUGCAGCUCCAAAGUAAAUCAUUCCAAGAUGAGAUGCAAGUGAAAUGUGAAGCUAACAGUGUUGUCCCAGACUCUUCUCCCAUCCAGCCAUCAGAACAUAGCCUGGUUAAAAGCCUAUGGACUUCCAAACCGCCUCCCCUUUUCCAUGUGGGGGCACCAUAUCCUCCUCCUUUGUUUAUCAGGGACACGUAUAACCAAUCAAUACCUCAACCUCCACCUCGAAAAAUUAAGCGGCCCAAGCGAAAAUUGUACAGGGAGGAACCCACUUCUAUUAUGAAUGCUAUCAAAUUACGACCCAGACAUGUCUUAUGUGACAAAUGUAAGAACAGUAUUGUUGCAGAAAAGAAAGAAAUUAAGAAGGGCAGCAAUGCAAGUGACUCCUCAAGGUGUGAGGAUACUAGGAAACGAAGAAAUGAGAGCGUAACUACUGUGAAUAAAAAAAUUAAAACUGAUCAUAAAGUUGAUGGGAAAAGUCAGAAUGAAAGCCAGAAAAAGAAUUCUGUGGUCAAAGUUGCAAAUAUUGUCCACAGCAGAAGUAGAGUAGUCAAAGUUCCCACUCAAGCAAAUACAUCGAAAACCCAAUUAAAUACUAAAAAAGUUCUUCAGAGCAAAAACAUGGAUCAUGCAAAAGCUAGGGAAGUUUUGAAAAUAGCCAAAGAAAAGGCACAAAAGAAACAGAGUGCAACUUCAACUUCCAAAAAUGCGCAUUCAAAGGUCCACUUCACAAGGCGUCUUCAGAACACCAGCUCAGGUUCCCUGCCUCCCCGGUUGCGUCUGAAGCCACAAAGGUACCGAAAUGAAGAAAAUGACUCCUCUCUCAAGACAGGGCUGGAGAAAUUGCAGAGUGGCAAGAUGGCAGCUAAGUCCCAAUCUCGCUGCUCGUCUACCCGCUCAGCAGGUGAGGCCCCUUCAGAAAAUCAGAGCCCCUCAGAAGGUCCUGAAGAGGCCAACAGUGAGGUUCAGGACACCAAUGAAGUGCAUGUACCUGUUGAUCAGGAUGAACAGCAGACCAUGGGCAAGAGAGGCAGCAAAAGCAAUAUUACAGUUUACAUGACCCUUGAUAAAACGAAAUCUGACUCUUCCAGUGCAUCAGUCUGUAGUAGUGAUAGCACAGAUGACUUGAAGUCCUCCAAUUCUGAGUGUAGCACUACUGAAAGCUUUGAUUUUCCUCCAGGCAGCAUGCAUGCACCUUCUUCCUCUUCCUCCUCCUCUUUAAAGGAAGAGAAAAAGCUCAGUAAUUCUUUGAAAAUGAAAGUCUUUUCAAAAAAUGUCUCUAAAUGUGUCACACCAGAUAGCAGGACCAUAUGUGUAGGAGACAUUGUUUGGGCCAAGAUAUAUGGCUUCCCAUGGUGGCCAGCUCGUAUUCUUACUAUAACUGUGAGCCGAAAAGAUAAUGGCCUAUUAGUCCGACAGGAAGCUCGUAUUUCAUGGUUUGGGUCCCCAACAACAUCUUUUCUUGCUCUUUCACAGCUCUCCCCUUUUUUAGAAAACUUUCAGUCGCGAUUUAAUAAGAAGAGAAAAGGUCUUUACCGCAAGGCCAUUACAGAAGCAGCCAAUGCUGCUAAGCAGCUAACUCCUGAAGUUCGGGCCCUGCUGACACAGUUUGAAACAUGAACAAAGUAAGGUAGGCAAGAAAUGGGGAGGCACCACGAAAUGUCUAACCUAGUCAACUAUUUUGAAGGAGUUGGGCCAAUUAGAUUUUUAAAAAUGCACUCAGUUGGCUGCUUUUUAUACUGAAAUUUCCAUUUGUAGCAAUGUCUUGACUGAAAGUUAACCUUUAAAAAAUUGUACAUGCAAUCAGAUUAACCUAAAGCGAGAGCUCAGUAUUUUUCAAGAGAACGCUUUACGUUUC